AUGGAGCGCGGCCGGGCACCGCCGUGGAGGGGGCCCUGGAUCCUGGUGCUGCUGCCGGCGCUGGCGGGGGGGCAGCCGCUGGCGGCCGGCGAGGCGGCCUACGAGGAAUGGCGGGCGACGGGCGUGCGAGGCCGGGCCGUGGAGCUGAGCUGUGGGCCCGCGGCCGCGGCCCCGCCGGCCGUGGUGUUCUGGAGCUUCACGCCGCAGGGCGAGGGGCUCCCGCGGGCCGUGGCCGUGGGCUCGGGCAGGGAGGUGGCCGUGGCCCCCGGCACGGGAACGCUGGGCCGGGUGACGCUGCGCAACGGGACGCUGGAGCUGCGGGAGCUGCGCGUGGCCGCCCAGGGCCGCUUCCUCUGCCAGGGGCUCUUCCCAGAGCGGGGCCGGCUCCGCGUGGGCUAUGCCGCCGUCCUCCUGCGUGUCCUGGUGCCCGUGUCCAAGCCCUUCGUGCGGCCGACGGCGGCGGCGGCAGCGGAGGGGGCGGCCGUGGCCCUGACGUGCACCGUGCGGGAGGGGACGGAGCCGCUGAGCUUCUCCUGGCAGCACCAGGAGCCCCGGGGGGCUCCCUCCGUGUCCCCUGCGGGGCUGGGGGGCUCCAGGGCAGAGCUGCAGCUGACACCCGCCAACCGCAGCCACACGGGCUGGUACAUCUGCACCGCGAGCAACGAGGUCAACAACCGCAGCAGCGACCCCGUCUACCUGGACAUCGUCUAUGGCCCCGAUGAGCCGGCCAUCCGUGUGGAGCCCUUCUCCCCAGAGCAGGGGGGCUUCUCGGCGGGCGAGCGGGAGGACGUGGUGCUGAGCUGCCUGGCUCCCUCCAACCCCCCCAGCCGCUAUGUCUGGCUGCACAACGGCUCCCAGGUGCACGUCGGCCAGACCUACGUGAUCACCGCCAUCGCCCGUGCCCAGGCGGGCACUUACACCUGCCUGGCCGAGAACAGCCACCUGCAGACGCGCACCCAGGCCACCAUCGUCCUCACUGUGUACUAUCCGCCCGCCGGGAGCCCCAGCUGCUCCGCCCUGGCCUCCGAUGACCAGCGGGAUGUGGCCCUGCGGUGCCGCUGGCUGGGGGGCUUCCCCCCGGCCCGGCUGCGCUGGGUGGGCCCCCAGGAGGAGGAGGAGGAAGAGGGGUUGAUGGGGACCAGCUUUUCCAUGGCCACCAGGAUCCAGUCAGGGGCAGCCACCAGGAACGGCAGCUCCUUCUCCUGCCUGGCCUCCCACCCCGCGCUGCCCCUGGGGGCUGCAUGUGGGACCACCCUGUGGGUCCCGGCGGGCAGCCCCAGCUGUGCGGCGGCGGCCACCAAGGGGGACGAGUUCGUGAUGCUGCGGUGCCGCUGGGCGGGGGGCGCGCCGCUCGUCACCCUGCGCUGGCGGGACGGCGCGGGCCGGGCCCUGGGCGACCCCGCGCCCUCCCCGGCCGUGCUGGUGCUGGGCACCGACGGCAGCCUGGGCGGCCGCGAGUUCGUCUGCGAGGCCGCGCACCCGCUGCGGGCCGCUGCCGCCGAGUGCCGCCUGCGGCUGGAGGUCCCCGAGCUGCAGGCGGAGAGCGAGGUGGCGGUGCUGGAGGGCGGCGAGGCGCAGCUGGCGUGCCGGCAUCGUGGCAGCAGCGCCGGUCUCGGUGCCACGGUGGCUUGGUACAACCCAAAGGAGCGGGAGGUGGCACCGGGGCUGGCCAAGUACCAGCUGGAGCAGGGAGAAGAGUGGGUCAACCUCACGGUGCGGGAUGCCGAGUGGCCGGGGGACAGCGGGAUCUACCGCUGCACCGCCACCAAUGCCGUGGGCACCGCCAGCCUCCCCGUGCGCCUCCGCGUGGACCGGUACCCGGCCCCGCCCAAUGUCACCAUCAGUAAGCUGCGGUACACGCGGGCGCGCACCGAGGUGCGGCUGGAGUGGCGGACGCAGGGCGCCGGCAACCUCACCGGCUUCGUGGUGCAGCGGCGCCGAACCAAGAAACCCCUCCGGGAGAGCGCCAGCCCCUGGGAAACGGCGGCCGGCGACAUCGAGCCGCACUCCCGCGACCGGCGCCUGGGGGGGCUGGACCCCGCGGUGCUCUAUGCUUUCCGCGUCCUGGCCGUCAACCACCGCACGGCCGGGCACCCCUCCGAGGUGCAGACGCCAGCCGAGCCUCCCUUCGAGGCCUACCCGGCGGUGACGGGGGCGGCGGUGGCCGGGAUGCUGGUGGCCAGCGCAGCGUCGCUGCUGGCCGUGCACUGCAUCGCCCGCCACAGGGACACCCUCCCGCGGCUGCACGACCUGCUGUUCCGCCUGGCCGGGACCGGAGAGCAGGAGCCCGUGGGCACAGCGGAGGACGCUGAGGGAGCCGCAGGCGGCGAGGAGGAAGCAGGGCCAGCCCAGGGAGACUCGAGUGCCCCCGGUGCAGCACCGGCUGCCGAGGCAGCACCAGCACAGGGAGAGCCGUGUGCCCCGGGCACGGCAGCAGAGCCGCCCUCGGCAGCACCAGGCAGCACGGAUGACCCGGUUAAUGUCACCAUCACCGUGACAGCGACACCGUGA